CCAGUGCAGAAACAUAACACAAACCUAAAAACAUGUUUGUCCGACCUGAAAGUCUGCCAGAUUCACCGAGCUCGGGUAAUUAAUCUGUUUUUUGUAGCUAAAAACUAGUGUACACUUGUUAUAUUUAAAAUGAAUUAGAUAUAUAUUUGAAAUUUGAUAAAAGAGCGAGGUAAAAAGUUUAGUGCAGCCCAGUGCAGGAACAGAAAACAAACCUCUAAUGUUGACGUUCGCGCCACGUUCACAUAGUGACUUGCGGAUAGAAGUCAGGUGAUCGAGUGUCGCGACAAGAUGCGAGUUGUUGUCUGACCGAGUCUGAAUUUCAUCAUGAGCCCCUGUUGGCUGGAACCUUGUAUUCAGCUUCCUCUCUCGGAGGAAGAACUAAAAGAGAGCGUGGAUAAAGCGAAAGAUUGGGCGCUUAUACAUGGAAUAUCGAUGCGAUCCAAGAAGAAUUUUACCAAGGACCAGGUGCAAAUAUUGCCCAUCACAUUAUUGCCAUCGAGUUUUCCCAGGAAACCCUUUUUGGUUGUGAAAGAUGUACAAACUCUAUUGAAUGAGCUGAUCCAUAAAGUUGCUCAUGAUAAGGAAUUUCUUACAAGUAGUUUAAAAAGCACAAUUCAAGCUGAUGUGUUCACAGCGAAGCUGUUCCACAUAUACGAGACAGUGCAUAGGAAAGGUUUCAAUCAAACUAUAAGCCUUGGAUUGUUGAGGUCAGAUUAUCUAUUACACGAUGAUGGCUGUAAAAUAAAGCAAGUUGAAAUAAAUACAGUAGCAAGUAGCUUUGCAGCUUUAGCUACUCUUACAUCCAAAUAUCAUAAAUACAUAUUAGGAGAAUUGGGAUAUGCAAAAGAAACAUAUGAACAAAAGAUUCCAGAAAAUAAUGCUCUUACUGGAUUCUGCAAAGGAUUAAUAUUUGCAUGGGAAUUGUAUAAUAAUCCAGAAGCUGUUAUGUUAUUUGUUGUUGAAGAUGUGACUUAUAAUAUUUGUGAUCAAAGGAUUCAUGAAUACCAAAUUCGUCAAUUAUGUCCUAAGAUUAAGAUUAUUAGAAGAAGUUUAACAAAUUUAGCGUCGGAAGGAAUAAAAUUAGGACCAAAUAAGGAAUUAAUCAUUUCAAAUAUGAUAGUGGCUGUAGUUUACUAUCGUUCUGGUUAUGAACUUGAAGCUUAUCCUACAGAAAAGGAAUGGGAUAUUAGAUUAUUAAUAGAGUGUUCUCGUGCAAUAAAAUGUCCAUCAGUACAAUAUCAUUUAGCUGGUACUAAGAAAGUACAACAAUCUUUAGCUCAGCCUAAUGCACUGAAAAAGUUUUUAAAAGAUGAAUCGUCUAUUAUUAAAGUGCAAGAAAUAUUUGCUGGUUUAUACACAUUAGAUUUUAAUGAUGACGGAGAAAAAGCAGUAGAAAUGGGUAUAAAUGAACCAAAUAAGUUUGUUCUCAAACCACAAAGGGAAGGAGGAGGGAACAACAUAUAUAAUGAAAAUAUAAGAACAUGGUUAAAUUCAAUGAAGAAAUCACAAGAGAGAACAGGAUGGAUUCUCAUGGAUCGAAUCUAUCCUCCUUUACAGAAAAAUUAUCUGAUACGUGCUGCCAAGGAACCAUCAUUCGAAGAUAACAUCGAUUUAUCAGAUGUUAUAACAGAACUCGGUAUAUAUGGAGUAAUAGUGGGAGAUAGCAAUGAAAUAAUGUUAAAUGAACAAGUUGGACAUAUUCUAAGAACCAAAGCAUCAAGUGAAGACGAAGGCGGAAUAGUGGCAGGUGUUGGCGCUCUUGACAGUCCCUAUUUAAUUAGCUGAAAUAAAGUGUUUUAGGAAAAUAAUUAUAAUUAAAUCAAUUAUAAUUUUUAAAUAUAAACUACACCAAGUAUUCACGAUUGUUUCUUUUAUCAUCUAAAUGAUGGGCAUACAAAUAUUGAUCAUGGAUUAUUAAAAAUCAAAUAAGACUUUGGCAUACUUUCAUUCAUGUGUCUGAUGGAACUGCAUUUGUAAUAUUUCUCAAAUGAUUUAAAAUUUUCAGAUUUUUUUCUUUUUUAUAA